AUGGACCUGGUGGAGGUGGAGGAGGAGGGCCUGGUGGUGGCGGCAGUGGAGGACCUGGUGGUGGCCAAGGAGGAGGAGGCCAAGGGGAUGGUCAAGGAGGAGGUGGCCAAGGAGGACCUGGUGGUGGCCAAGGAGGAGGAGGCCAAGGGGAUGGUCAAGGAGGAGGUGGCCAAGGAGGAGGCGGUCAAGGAGGAGGCCAAGGAGGAGGUGGUCAAGGAGGAGGUGGCCAAGGAGGUGGCCAAGGAGGAGGCGGCCAAGGAGGUGGUCAAGGAGGAGGCGGCCAAGGAGGAGGCGGUCAAGGAGGAGGAGGAGGUGGUGGUCCUGGAGGACAUUGAAAAUUUCAAGUGGAUGGGGUUAGAAAUUUCUCUUUUGUAA